AAUGAUCUCAUAUGAUCCCUUAAUUCGUUUGCCAAUUUAUUCACUUCAUUGUAAUUUUCUUUUUUAUUGAGUGAUUUAUGUGCAAAUCAAUUCUUCAACCCUCAAAAUUUUAAGGCUCCUAAAUUAGAUAAGUUCAAAAAAACGUUAUGAGUUGUAUAAGUGUUAUUUACCCUCCAUUUUAUUCUUCUUUUUCUCCAAAGAAAAUAUCUUAAACAUGUAUAUUUGAUCAAAUAGAUAAUUUGUUUUAUUGAAAGUUACUUAUUUUUAUAAUCAAUGGCUUAUAAAGUUGAUCAUGAAUAUGAUUAUCUAUUCAAGAUUGUCUUGAUUGGAGAUUCAGGUGUUGGUAAAUCCAAUAUUCUGUCAAGAUUUACCAGAAAUGAGUUUUGCUUGGAAUCCAAGUCAACAAUUGGAGUUGAAUUUGCUACAAGAACGUUACAGAUAGAAGGCAAAGUGGUGAAAGCACAAAUAUGGGACACAGCAGGGCAAGAAAGGUACAGAGCCAUAACAAGUGCAUACUACAGGGGAGCUGUAGGAGCCCUGUUAGUGUAUGACUUAACCAAGAAGCAAAGCUUCGACAACGUUAACCGGUGGCUUCAUGAGCUACGUGACCACGCAGAUUCCAACAUCGUGAUUAUGUUAGUUGGCAACAAGUCCGAUCUUAAGCAUCUGAGGGGGGUUUCCCAGCAGGAAGGGCAGUUCUUAGCCGAGAGGGAAGAACUCGUUUUCCUCGAAACAUCUGCCUUAGACUCAACCAAUGUUGAGAAGGCUUUUCAAACAAUUCUCUUAGAUAUUUACCAAGUUAUUAGCAAGAAAUCUUUAGCUGCUCAACAAGCUUCCGGUUCUUUACCUCAAGGCACCAACAUUAAUGUUGGGGUUAGUAAUAAUUUUAACAAGAAACCAUGUUGUUCCAAUUGAUACAUAUAUAUUUUUUUUUCACUUAUUUUUUCUGUUAUUUUUUUCCCUCUUAUGAUGUAAUUUUAUUUUUCAGGAGGGUGUUGAGUGAAAUUUGUUGUAAGGGAAGGAAUUGAAAGGAACUUUAUUAGUACCACUAAGACAUAGUAGUGUUGCUUGAUAGUGAUAACUUGUACAAGAAUACAUAACCAAUUUGUUGCUUGAAUUUGUUGUAAGCUACAAAUUAAAGUAUUUGCUGUGCUAUUCCCUUUGUCUUUUAUAUUUUCUCGUUUUCUAUUCAUGUGAUCAAACUUAAUUUUUUUUUUUUUUUUUUUUUUUUACAUAUUUUGUUAUUUAUACAUAAGAAAAACAUUUAUCAUAUACUACGUAGGAUAAUUUGUUAUAUCUUCAUAAGAUUGACUUUCUAUAUUUUUUAACAAUUCAAAAAUAAAGUUUUUGAUAGAAUACAUAACCGAUUAUGGAAUUCAACGAACUACCAACUUAAGUUUUUAGUUGAGAUG